GGACAGCUUCUCCGCAACGCAGUAUGCUGGCUUCUUUGGCCUGUUCACCCUGACUCGUGGGGGUUUUUCGGCGACGGCCAAAGGCACCGCGAACCCGCCGUAACUCUUUUCCCUUGAGGUUCUGGUUUAUGACACCUUGCCAGAGUCGCACAGAACAAAGUGUCGGAAAAAUUCUGGGCCAGUCAGCUAUUUCGGGUGCCUAUAUGCGAUCACGAUAUAGCUUCAUCCAGAAAGGCGGCGGCUCCCUCGUGGACAACCAACAUCAUGCAAUGCAUUACUGUUACGUGGGCGGUACGGAUAGCAAAGCCAUGCCAAAUCACCCACACGGAGUGCUCGUGCCUAGUCAAUCACGUCAAUCUAUCCCGCUCCAGCAACAGUUUGAUCGUCUUGCACAGUGGACCUUGGCGGAGCAUCAUAUAGCGAGACAACCGACUUAUGAUCGCCCGUCAGCCCAGAGCACGAGCAGCCGGCAUCUAUAGGAGCCGAGUAUAGCAAAUGGCACGGCUGAAGCUGCUGGCAAAGCACAUUACUCGCCAGCGCUCUCCCAGCCAUCGGAACACACAUCCAAUUGGUGGUUUGCCCCGGAAUUGGCCAUGUCUCAUAGACAUGGAGAUGAACCAUUAUUCUGGAAGCGAGUUGAUGUGCCGACCGACUGUGAGUGAUCUGGGCUAUGCAGUGUCCUAGCUCACACU